AGCCUAAAAUCUUAAUUAUGUUUUUACUUAAUACAAAAAAAUAGUAGGUCCCAACUCCCCCCUAUAAUUAUCAAACCUCAAUACCAAUACCAUUUCACAGUGUGUCGUUCAGAUAAUCACACUUUCUUUCUCUUGUCAAAACAUGACAACAACCACCUAUGGCACGAUCCCAACCUCGCCGCCUCCCAACCUCGAGUAUAUCUCACGCGCGAAGCAGCGGAUCAAGGCCGGGCUGGGGAUGCGGCGGCCGUGGAAGGCAAUGUUCAACUUCCGGUCGCUGAAGGUUCCCGGCGGCGGCUUGCCGGAGGCACUAUCGCGGAUUCGGAUCAAUGUGUCGUAUUUCCGCAUGAACUACGCAAUGGUGGCGCUGCUGAUUCUGUUUCUGAGCCUCUUGUGGCACCCGAUCUCGCUGAUCGUGUUCCUCGUCCUCAUGGCGGCGUGGCUGUUCCUCUACUUCCUCCGCGACGAGCCGCUCGUGGUGCUGGGCCACCUCGUCGACGACCGCCUCGUGCUGGUCGUCAUGGCGGUGCUCACGGUGGCGCUGCUGCUGCUCACCGAUGCCACCGUGAACAUCCUCGUGGCGGUGGCGGUCGGGGUGGCGGCGGUGGUGGCGCACGCCGCGUUCAGGAGGACGGAGGAUUUAUUCUUGGAAGAAGUUGCUAGUGCUGCUUAACUGAUUCUUCUUCUAAAAUGUAACUUAUUUGCUCUUUUGUUUUCUAUUUUUUGUGAAUUCGGGAAACUAAAAAAAAAUAAUUGUUAGAUUUGGUUCGUUUUUA